AUCCCCUCUCAUUCCAACAUCCGCAACUACGACGUGAAGUCAACCGGGUCUCUUAAACCGUUAAACUACAACUGUGGCGUGAACCAAAAGACGAAUUUGAAUGGCAUUCCUCCUAGUCAUUCAGAUUUGUUUCUCCACACACAUAAACGUGGCAAGGAUAAAACUUGGGUUGAUAAAAGAUCGGAAUAUGUUCAUGAAAAAUUUAAACGUAGGUUUGAAGAAUUGACCCAAGAAACAACUUCACAAGGAACUCCUCCACCAAAUGAAUUAGAUGUGUGGUGUGAGGUUGCUGGAAUAAAAAGAGGACGAGUAUAUGGUCUCGGAAUGGAAUCUACUGUAUUAUUAGGGAGACCUAAUUAUCGUGGAUCAUGUUCUUCAUCAACAGAGUGGGUUCAAAGACAUGAAUUUGAAGAAAUGAGAAAUGAAAGAGAUCAACUUCGAGAGGAAUUGGCUAAUACAAACAGAGCAGUUGAGCAUAACAACCACUUGAUAAAACAACUGAUGAAUAACUUGAACUUUAAACCCAUGUCAUAUACUAGAGAUUUUGAUAUUGGUGAUCAUGAUGCUGGUGAUUUUGAUGAUGAGAUUGGUGAUAAUGAUGUUCGUUAUCAUGAUGAUGAAGAGUUGGAUAGGGAUAAGUUAAUCUGA